UCAGCCAACGCAGGGGAUUCUGGGAAGAACGUUUAGGGAUCGGGAACAUGAUGAUGGAAGGGGACUCUAAGCACCUAAUUGUUGGUGGGAAACACAAAAUCCGUAAUGCUUUCGUGACAUAUAAGCAGGCUUCUGUGAGAGGUACAUGUUUUCACGUCUGUAACAUAAUUAUUUCGUGAAACAUCAAAAGCCCUCUCUGUUUGUAUGCGAAUGUUGUGUGGCUAGCUUAGCCUGGUUACUUGUUCCGCUAGCUUGUCAUUGUUUUUGUUAACGAAGUGAAAGCAAUAAAGCUAGAAAGCCGUGUUUGCCCCCAACCAAGGCAGGCCCAGUGGGUCAGACUGCUUGAGUAAUGCGGUUUAGUUUCUCUCGGGAAGAUGGAUGAAAGGUUCACCAACCAUCACCGGCUCUUGAUUGCCCUGGUGAUAAGCUUGCUCUUUGGCGUGAUUGUGCUUCAGUACCUUUGUCCUCGCUCCGAUUGCCAACUGUUGCACCUAGGAUCAUUGGCCUCCAACUCGGUCAGCAUUGCACAGGGAAACCACAUUGGCCUCAGUGGACAGGACACAUACGUCGCUGAGGACUGUGCCCUAGCCCGUUUUAUUCCCCGCUUCAAUUUCACUUCUGCAGACCUCAGUCGACUCGUAGACUUCAAUAUCCAGGGAGAUGAUGUUAUUGUUUUUCUACACAUCCAGAAGACAGGGGGUACAACAUUUGGUCGACAUUUAGUGCGUAAUAUUCAACUCGAGAGGCCUUGUGAGUGUCAUGUUGGCCAAAAGAAAUGCACCUGUUACCGGCCAGGUAAAAGGGAAACGUGGCUUUUCUCCCGGUUCUCCACUGGCUGGAGCUGUGGUCUUCACGCGGACUGGACCGAGCUGACCAACUGCGUGCCGUCUCUCAUGAACACGCGCGAGCCCCCCAAGAAGCCUACAGUUCCCAGCCGGAAAUACUACUACAUCACCAUCCUGCGUGACCCGGUGUGGCGCUACCUGAGCGAGUGGCGGCACGUGCAGCGCGGUGCCACCUGGAAGGCCUCCCUGCACGUGUGUGACGGGCGCGCCCCCACGCUGGCUGAGCUGCCCAGCUGCUACCCCGGGGAUGACUGGUCCGGCUGCUCCCUGCAGGAGUUCAUGGACUGCCCCUACAACCUGGCCAACAACCGGCAGGUCCGCAUGCUGGCAGACCUCAGCCUGGUGGGCUGCUACAAUGUCUCGGCCAUGAGCGAGGACGAGCGCUGGGCUGUGUUAUUAGAGAGUGCCAAGCGGAACCUGCGGGGCAUGGCCUUCUUCGGCCUGACUGAGUACCAGAGGAAAACCCAGUACCUGUUUGAGAGGACCUUCCACCUGGCGUUCAUCGCCCCCUUCACCCAGCUCAACGGCACGCGGGCGGCCAGCGUAGGGGUUGUGCCUGAGACGCAGCUCCGGAUCCGCCAGCUGAACCAAUGGGAUGAGGAGCUGUACGAGUAUGCCCGCGACCUGUUACUCCAGCGGUUCCGGGUGGCCCGGCAGCAGGAGAGGAAACAGGCCAGGGAGAGGAGGCAGCAGAAGAGGAGAAGGCUCAGAGGGAAGCUGGGGUCAACAAGGCUGGGGAUGGGGAGGCCGGUGGCCGAGUGGCCCAGCGAUAAGCCCCAGUGGACAGAGACUCAGGCUGGGGAGGCGAUCACCACCCACCUACGACCACCCUCCCCAGAAAGGAAGCAUCAGAAGAGGGGAGGUGGAGAGCCUUUGGAGGCUGAGGUGCAGCUGCCAGACUGGUGGGGUCUGGAGGAGAACAGCACCAUUGAGGACUACAUGGAUAAUGUGGAACAGUGGCGGUAGUAGUGAGAGGACCAAGUUGGAGAAAGAGGGAAUGGUUGAGCCUUGUCUAUACAGACAUUAUGGGCGCUUCCUGCAAAUGUGCACUUCUUCACGUCCCUUUAUGGAUUUGAAAUUAAAUGACUGGUAUUAGAAAAAGGUGUUUUUAACCAUGCCUACACCAAUCCAAUGCUAUAUGAGGGUAGUAGUGAACAAAUGCACACUUCAGGAACAAGGAGAUAUGGGAUAUACACAUUCUCAAAACUCUCCACUAACAGCGUACAGCUCCCUUUAGCCUGCAUCCCAACCUUUAGUCCAUGGACACUUCUCCAUUUAGCAAAACGUGCUUAUUUCCCUUAAAUGUCAUUUGUUUUUGUGUACUACACUAACCCACAUUGUGGUCAUGACAUUUCAUAGAGAAAAUCCAGGGCUCGUCCCAAUUGGCACCCUAUUCCCUAAUAUAGUGCACUUCUUUUGACUAGAACCCCGGUCAAAAGCUGUGCAUUACAUAGAGAAUAGAGUACCAAUUGGGACAGGGUGACCACCAAUACCAUGCACCUCUCAAUUGCCCAAGCCUUCUGAUGAAACCUUGCGGUUCUCGUGCAGGAAUGUUGGUUAUAUACCAGGGAGGGGAAAUAUUUUCCCUGAUAGUCAUUUUGAUAUUGAUUUUAUAAGCACAUUUUUGUUACGGGUUUUGUUUCAAAGAGAAUAAGCUAUGUUUUUUUCCCCUUGAUGUUUUUGUAUUCAUAUUAUGCCACUAUUUUUAUGUAGGUAAAGCUGUUGAAUGAUUUGUCUGAUGACAUGCAGCUCACAAAUGACUGAGAAAGACUUGAAGUGACCGAAGAAGAAAAAAAAUUCUCACUAAAUGAGAUUUUAAUAAUUACCUCAAUCAGUAGCACAGUAUACUCACUUAUUUUUGUGCUGUCCUUGUCUCCUCUUUUGUAUAUAAAAGAAAAAAUAUUGA